AUGGCCGAGACCCUCAAUAGUGUAGCCGUAGUGUCCGGUGAGGAGACAUCGCAAGCGCAAGAGAUUCUGCACUUGCAAUGCCGCUUUUAUGAGCAGAAAUUCCCCGAGAUUGAUGAGCUGGUGAUGGUGAACGUGCGUUCUAUCGCUGAAAUGGGCGCUUAUGUGUCACUCCUCGAGUACAAUAACAUUGAGGGCAUGAUUCUGCUUUCCGAGCUGUCUCGACGUCGUAUUCGAUCCAUUAAUAAGCUCAUUCGUGUGGGGAAAAAUGAGGUGGUUAUGGUGCUACGUGUAGACAAGGAGAAGGGUUACAUUGAUCUGUCCAAACGUCGUGUAUCCCCUGAGGAUAUCGCUAAGUGCGAAGAGCGCUAUAAUAAAGCCAAAACGGUACAUGGUGUACUCCGUCAAGUGGCUCAGGAGAAUCAGAUAAAGAUUGAAGAUUUGUAUGCAAAGGUGGCGUGGCCACUGUACAAGAAGUUCAAAAUUGAGACUGUAAAUGAUGAUGAGAAGAAGAUCGAGUACGUGCAUUGUUACGAUGUCUUUAAAAUGGGCAUUACAGAUGAUGCAGUCUUUGAGGAACUGGACGUGUCGUCCGAGAUUCUCACGGCUCUUAAGACUCAGAUUCGUCGUCGUUUGACUCCGCAGCCUAUUAAAAUCCGAGCGGACAUUGAGGUUACGUGCUUCACGUAUGAGGGCAUCGAGGCCAUUCGAUCAGCUUUACAGGCUGGACAAGAUGUGGGUACGGAGGAUGUACCUGUUAAAGUGAAGCUUAUUGCACCCCCCAUGUACGUCAUGACUACCAGUACGCUGGACAAGCAGAAGGGGAUACAAAAGCUACAGGAAGCCAUUGAAAUGGUGCGGGAACACAUUACUGCCAAGAAGGGCACGAUGUCGGUCAAGAUGGAGCCGAAGGUCGUGAGUGUGAACGAGGAGAAGGAGUUCCUGCAAAUGAUUGAGAAGCUUGAGAACGAAAAUCGCCUGGUGGAUGGCGACGCGCCCGAGGAUUAG